AUGAAGCCCAAGAACGCCCUCGCCUACGAGGCCCUGCUGCGGGUGGCCGUCACUGUGGGGGACGCCCUAGAGGACAGGUGGCUGGACAUCCUGCGCUGCAUGAGCCGCUGGGAGCUGCUGCAGCAGAUGGCCAGCAGCACGCCCACAGACGCGGCGCUCUUCGCGGCGCCGGGCGGUGCGGAGAAGGGGCCGGUCGGCAUCGGGGGCCGCGCGGCGGCGGCUCUCAAGGACCAGCUGAGGAAGCUGGGCAACCCGGGGGGCGGCGGCGGGGCGGCGGCGGCGGCUGCUUCGCAGCCAUCCUAUACCGAGGGUGUCAAGUCUAUGGACACGCUGGCCAUGAGUGAGAUGAGCGUGAAGAAGGCGGCGGGCGGCGGCCGCGACGACGACGGGCACGUGCCCCUGGAGAUCAUCCACUCUGUUGACGUCAGCGAGAUCCAGCAGGUCUACCUGGCGUCAUCCCGCCUGGACUCUGACGCGGUCGUGGCGUUCGUGCGUGCCCUCGCCGCCAUCAGCCUGGACGAGCUGCGUGACACGCGCGCCCCGCGUGUGUUCAGCCUCACCAAGAUUGUCGAGAUCGCCCACUUCAAUAUGGGGCGCAUCAGGCUGGUGUGGAGCCGCAUCUGGGCGGUGCUGUCAGAGUACUUCAUCGCAGUGGGCUGCCACGCCAACCUCGCAAUCGCAAUGUAUGCGGUCGACAGCCUGCGCCAGCUGGCCAUGAAGUUCCUGGAGCGUGAUGAGCUGGCAAACUACACCUUCCAGAACGACUUCCUGCGGCCGUUUGUGGUGGUCAUGAGGCAGAGCCAGUCCAUUGAGAUCCGGGAGCUGAUCAUCCGCUGCCUGAGCCAGAUGGUGCUGGCGCGCGUUGACAACAUCAAGAGCGGCUGGAAGAGCAUGUUCAUGGUCUUCACCACAGCGGCGGGGGACCCAGACCCCACCAUCGUGCGGCUGGCGUUUGACACGAUCGAGCGCAUCGUGCGGGAGCACUUUGGCCACAUCACCGAGACCGAGGCCGCCACCUUCACGGACUGCGUCAACUGCCUCAUCGCCUUCACCAACAACCCCCACUCCAUGGAGCGGCCAUGA